UAAUGAGUUACGAAGCUUGUGACUUAUAAACAGAUUCAAGAUAUCCAUUUGAUCCAAGAGCAAAUGCAUUUGAAUUAGCUAAGAUAGAGAGUAUUCGAAGAAAAUAACAUCCAUUAAUAUUGAUAACUAGUAUUAAAUCAAGUGGAGUCCAUUAUUUUAUUGGUCCAUCAAAAUCAUAUUCAAAUGAAUAUCCAAAAGAAUUGGAACCAUUUAUAACAAAAGAUGAUUUUGAAAUCUUUAUUAAUGAGGUAAAUGAUGUUAUAGUUAAAUAUUGGCCAUGUUUUUUCACUUUUAUUUUAGCAUUCGCAUUUUCAGUUGUUACUUGUUUUUUAAGUCUAUAUUUACCUAGAGUUUGCAUUGAAGAUGUUCAAAGAUUUUUAGGUUAUGUUUUAGAAAGAUGGAACGAAACUUGGGAAGAAAAGGGUAUUAAAGUGGAAUACAAAAGAAACCUCUUAAAUAGUGAAUUAUAAUUUUAUAAAUUAUGA